AUGAAAAUGAAAAAAAUUCCAAUACAAAUUUUUAUUCUAAUUAACUUUUUAUAAAAAUUAAAUAAAUUUACAGUUGUCAAUUAACUUCAACAUUAUAAUUACAAGCCAUAAAAUUUAUUUAUUUUUUUCAUUAAAAUACGCGACUCUAAAACAACUACCCGAGCUCGUCAGACCCUACCAACGGACUUGGAGAUAACCCGGAUGGCCGAUGGCACAACAAGUGUCAUAGCCAAGCGCAAUUACCAGCGAGGAAUGACCUUCGGCCCGUUUGAAGCAAAACGAAACUGGGCAAUGAACCCCGCAAUUAAUUUCACAAUAAAAAUCUUCGGAGAGUCUAUCAACAACACUUAUUAUCUAGACUACUCCGACGAAGACACCAGCAACUGGAUGUGCUUCAUCCCACCGGCAACCAACGCCAAGGAGCAGAAUUUAAUUUGCUAUCAGUCUAACCAAGAAAUUUAUUACACUGUCAUGAGAGAAAUUCCCGUUGGAGAAGAGCUGAGGGUCUGGUACGCGCCCUACUACGCCCAGAAGAUGAAGAUGCCCUUGCACGUCAAUAAUAGAGCUCUCCCUCCUCUUCAGCCGAUAACAGCUGAUGAAAAAGAUUCCGUAGAGAUUUUAGACGUAGCCCUGGCUCAAGACUUAGCAGAUAGACUUCCUCCGACGAAGCUCGGCGCAAAAGACGAAAAGAAAAUUUGGACUUGCCGAAUUUGCGCGGUGACUAUUAACUCAGUGGUUGCUUACGCCAAGCACCAGAUGAAUCAUCACUACAAGCCUCUAAUAGGAACUAUUUGUAUCAUUUGUAAUAAAAAAUUUUCAAAUUUUGCAACUCUAGAAAGGCACAGAGUUGAUUGUCACAGCUUAGAAAGUAAUGAAGAAAAUAUUGUCGGAAUUCCAACAACUGCUAACCAGCAGCAACAAAAUGCCGCGACUAUUUUGAACAUGAGCGAGCAAUUUAUGACCGAAAAAGAAAAUCAUGAUUUGUCAUUACUGGACAGUUCGAUUAACACCAAUGAUUUACUUCAUCAUCCUGGAAGUCUUAUAGAAAAUUCCUCCCUAAAAUCCAUUCUUGAAAAUCAAUGCUUAAAUAUGAACGUAAGUUCCAUGGCUGACUCUAUUUUAUCCGAGCACAUUUCAAGCGUGGAUUCUGUCAAGUUCAAUGUUGAAGAAUUGUCUUCAGAGCUGCUAGACAUAACUCCGGAUGACGAGGAAAAAAUUUCUGAUAAUUCAACUGAGAAUUUUGAUUGCGAUAUUUGUGGAAAAAAAUUCCUACGGGUACAUUAUCUGUACCGUCAUUUGCGCAAACAUACUGGAGAAUUUAUAUGCUCAACUUGUCUCUGUGUAUUUGCUAGGAAAGAAAAUUUAGUAUCACACGUUUGUGCAGCAACUAAGAGCCAGAGCAAAGGCUUUACUCGGUACCAGUGUUCAUAUUGUCCGAAAAAUUUUGCAAGAGAAAAAUAUUUAAAAAAUCACAUUAAGCGGCACUUUGAGCUUCACCGAUGCAGAAGAUGUUGGCAAAAAUUCUCGAACAAGUCCGAGUUGGACUCUCACAAGUGUGGGUCACCCAAGCAACCUUGUGGCCAGUGUGGGAAGAAAUUUUUCAACGCGAUUUAUCUGAAGCGUCAUAUCAAGAGGCACAAUGAGGCGCCGAAAGCUCAGAAGAAAAAAAAGCCUGGGGAAGAAAUAUCUUCGAUCUGCGAAAUUUGUGGAGAUAUUUUUAAAAAUCUUUGGAGUCUUCAACAGCAUCAAAAGUCGCACGGAGAAAAAGCUUAUGAGUGUGAAAUUUGCAAUCGACGUUUUCACAGAAUUGGUGUUUUGAAGGAACACAAAUUUACGCAUCAGAGCGCCGAGCUGCCUUGCAAUGUCUGUGGUAAGAAAUUCAAGAGCAAGAGAGCUCUUGAUGUUCAUGUUCUGCUGCAUGGGAACAAAAAGUACCAGUGCGAUAAGUGUGACAAGAGCUUUUUCCAAAAGUACAAUUAUUUGAAGCACUACAAACAAAUUCAUACUGAAAAAGUCUUGCAUAGUUGUCCUCACUGUUCUCUAACGUUCAUGAGUGAAAGCGCUUUUAAUAAACACGUUGCUGGUCAUGAUAAAAAUCUAGAAGGAUUUCCUUGUGAUGUUUGCAAAAAGUUUUUUCACUCUCAAGCUAAGGUUGCCAGGCAUAUGCAAAUUUGCCACAGUGGAAUUAUUUACAGGUGUCCGUUUUGCAAGUCCACUGUUAAGCACAGGCAUAGUUUGAGAAGACAUUUUGAAAGGCAGCACAAGGAUCUUACUGAUGAAUGGAGUAAGCCGGGAUUUUACAAACAACUUGAAGAAAAGUCAAUUGUUGAAAAUAGUGGGGAGAGUCCUGGUGAAGCAGGUACUUCUGAUCAAAUUUUGGUAAAACAGCAAGUUGCUGAAGAUGUUACGGAGCAUGUAGAAGCUAUUGAUGAAGUUGCUAAAUUAAUUGCAGAACCUGUAGCUGCAGAAUUUUCAAAGAACUUAAAUACAGUUCAAGAAAUUCAAGGGACUGAGAAUAUUCAAGAUUUGAUCCAAGAUGUUAAAAGUGUUGACCCGGAAGUUAACAGUCAGUUACUUAAUGAUGUUCCUCAACUAAGAAUUGAUUCAGAUUCACAAUUAGCUGAAACGGUCUUGAAUAAUACUUACAUUUUUGGCGAAGAUGGCGAUUUUGUCUUUUAUGUUCUAGAUAAUGAUACUAUUCUAGAAUCGUAA